AUGAUACUCAUGAGCACGAUCAAUCCGCCGCUGAAAAUCGGCCUUCAAAUCCUUGGCAUAUGGCCGGACAUGCCAUACACUACCUUUUACCGGCUGAUUUACAUGUUAUCUAUACUGACUAUCCAUUACUUUCAGUAUUUAUACCUAUUUGCGAGAUGCAAAUUUAGCGAUCUGCAGAAUCUCGUGCGCCCUUUAUCAGUGACAUUAUAUUACAUUCUGACGAUCCUUAAGUUGAUUAUACUAUGGAUGAAUUGUAGCGUAAUUCGCGAAAUACUGGUUGCUAUGGACACUGAUUGGCGCGAGUGUGUUAACAUCGAUCAGCAUUUGCACUUGAUGAGGACGAAAGCUAGCAACUCGCAGUUUUGUACAAUCUUUUUAUUGAGUUUCAACUUGCUCGCCGCGGCAAUUUACUUCGGGGGUGAUAAUAUAAUAGCUAUCAUACAUCUAUUGAAGGGCGACAAUUAUACUUCACGACCAUUUCCUAUAAAGGUGCUACUUCCUUCUGAGGCUGAGCAAUCGCCGUUCUACGAGUUGCUCGUCGUCUUAUUAUUUAUGCACGCCAUGUUAACGGUGUAUACGGUUGCUAUUAUAAACGCGCUUAUCUCUGCUCUGGUAUUUCAUGUAAGUGGACAAAUCGAUAUCAUACAUCAAGAGUUGAAAGCUAUCUCUAUGAAAGUGUCAUACAACGAAUCAGCUGAAUCUACAUUAGGAAUGCUGAUCACAAAGCACAAUAAAAUCAUCGAAUUUGCUGAAAAUAUUGAUAAGCUAUUUGCUUUCAUAGCUAUGUUGCAAGUUUUUUCUAAUACAUCAAUUAUCUGCUUGUUAGCACUCAUUGCUAUCAAAUCUAUUAAUAGUGAAAAUGAGGUCGGCCUGUUGCAAAGCUUAUUAGCUUAUGCCGGCAUAACGGGGGAAAUUUUUAUAUAUUGUUUUAUUGGAGAAUACCUUGGUCUUAAGAGUAGGGCACUCGCUGAUGCAGGGUACAACUCUUUAUGGUACAAUAUGUCGCCUCGCCACAGUAAAAAUAUAAUAUUCAUAAUAAUGAGAUCUCAGAAACAAUUGACUAUCACGGUCGGAGGAUUAAUGAAUUUAUCAUUAGAUCUCUUCACGAGUAUCAUGAAAGCUUCGGCAUCAUAUACAUCUAUUUUGCAUGCGAUGUAUUGA